AUGGUCCCUGACAACAAUGGAACCACAACUGGAUAUUCAGGCGCUGCAGUUUGGGGUAGUCAGUUUCCAGUUGAUUGCAAGCGCAAUCAAAUCUAUAUUGGAACUGGCAAUUAUUACAAAGUACCGCCUUUAGUUCAGCAAUGUCUGGAUGAGACUAGCAAUUUGACUCUCUAUUCUGAUCCAUGUAAUCAGCGAGGUGCUUAUGGUCAAGCUAUUCUAGCCUUAGAUAUGAGCACGGGAAUCAUUCGCUGGAGUGUAAUUCUUGGACCUAUAGAUGCAUGGACUGCAGCUUGUUUAUUUUCUGGUCCACUCCCAAAUUCUAACUGUCCAUAUAAACCUGGACCUGACAGUGACUUUGCUCAAGCUCCUAUAUUGAAACUAAACUUGAAGUAUAAGUUUGGCGGCAAAAAUCGUGAUCAGUUGUUUGUUGGGCAAAAAUCCGGUAUAGCAUAUGGCUUCGAUGCUGAAACAGGAACAGUUAUCUGGUCUACUUCAGUUUCACCAGCUUCCUUUGCCGGUGGACUGCAGUUUGGCUCUGCGGCUGAUGAUCAGUAUCUCUAUAUUGGCAACAACAAUGCUGACAGUUUAAGUUACACACUGCCAGAUGGAACUACAACAAGGAAGGCAAGUUGGUCUGCCUUAGAUCUAGUUACUGGUAAUAUUAAGUGGACUACAGUUGAUCCCACAACAAAUGUAAAUCAAACAAGCGCAUAUUUUGCAUUGACCGUUUGGGAUAAACUUGUUCUAGUUCAAGGUGGAAGUCCACCAUUCGCAACAAGCGAUCCGACCAAAGGAUGUCUCUAUGGACUGAACAAGAAAAAUGGUCAAGUUUUGUACGAAAAGUGCAUUAAAAAUACACCACUUGGUAGCGGGGCAUCUGUUGCAAAGAAUACUAUAUAUGUGGGAGUUGGAUAUAACACUUCAAGAGUAGCAACCGAUGGUAUCUUGGCAUUAAAGCUGCCUUAG